CCUCGCCGGUGGUCGUUGCAGCUUGCAGGCGCGUUCUACUGCCCCUCGACUGGGUGCUAGCUCAACAGCAGUUAAACUCUGAAGCUUUAUCUAUUAUUUUCUCCAAAGCCAUAAACUCUGGUGGUAUCCUACUCAGCUCACCAUGGGCGACUCCUCCUCUUCCUCAGCAUCUUACAUCAGAAUGGUUCACCAUCUAAUAGAGAAGUGCAUCUGCUUCAACCUGAACAAGGAAGAGUGCAUGGAUGCCCUGGAGAAGCAUGCCAAGAUCAACCCUGUCAUCACUUCCACUGUGUGGAAGGAGCUGGAGAAGGAGAACAAGGAGUUCUUCGAGACAUACAACAGGGACCGCGCCGAGCGGAACAUCGAGGCGGAGACGAUGCAGCGGAUCCAGAAGAUGCUAGCCGAGGCGGCGGCCUCCAAGACCUCCGAUGACGAGAGCUAGCUAGCCAGCAGCCAGCUAGCUAACUAGAGCUAGAUCAGCGCGUGCAUGGCCUCACGUCCACUUAAUUCCGAUCCCCAUUAAUUAGCUCCGUUGGGAGAAGCCUUACACACCGGCCGUACCUCACGUGAGACCAUUAUUCUAUAUAUAGCUUAAUUAGUUACUAGCUUACUUAAUUAGCUACCAAAAAUAAUGGUGGUAUGCCUUUUGCAAGAACACCAUGCAUGCAUGUGUCGUGUUUAAUUAAGGUUAGGUACGGUGAUCAUCAAGAAAAACUAUCUUUAAUUCAUGUAUGUAUAUAUAUCAGUAUAUGUAUUCAUGUACAAAGAGGAUGCAUAUUAAUUCGACCUA